AUGACAGAGACCAUUCACAAGAUCGCAUCCUCACCACGCGGCACGCCCUUUGAGAAGCGCGUCUGGACAGCCCUGUGCCACAUCCCCGAGGGGUCCUUCACGACGUACGCGCUCCUGUCCAAGCAUCUGGCCACAUCGCCCCGCGCAGUGGGCAAUGCGCUGCGGCGGAAUCCAUACGCACCAGAGGUCCCGUGCCAUCGGGUCGUCGCAACGGGCGGGAAUCUGGGCGGCUUCAAGGGCAAGUGGCCGCGCAACGGGGAGGGCAUCACGUUGGACGAGAAGAGGGCGCUGCUGCGAGGCGAGGGCGUCAAGUUUGAUGCGAGCGGCAAAGUGCUCGGCACGCCAUGGGUGUUUGGGAGGUGA